AUGUCAGUUAAAGGAAAGGAUGCUGAUUUUUAUAUAAGAUAUUACGUUGGUCACAAAGGAAAAUUCGGUCAUGAAUUUUUAGAAUUUGAAUUUCGGCCAGAAGGAAAACUUCGAUAUGCUAAUAAUUCAAAUUACAAAAAUGAUACCAUGAUUCGAAAAGAAGCUUACGUUCACGAAUGUGUUAUGGAAGAACUUAAAAGAAUUAUUCAUGAUUCCGAAAUAAUGGAAGAAGAUGAUAUUUUAUGGCCGCAACCUGACCGAGUCGGUCGACAAGAAUUAGAAAUUGUUAUCGGUGACGAACAUAUAUCCUUCACAACAUCAAAAACCGGCUCUCUAUUGGAGGUUAACAAUUCCAAAGAUCCAGAAGGUUUAAGGUGUUUUUAUUAUUUAGUACAAGAUUUAAAAUGUUUAGUGUUUUCUCUUAUAGGUUUACACUUUAAAAUUAAACCUAUAUAA